AUGCUCGUUGAUGAAGAUUUCAACAUCACUGCUAUCCUUGACUGGAGCAAUAUCCAGACUGUGCCGAUGGAGCGUUUUGCCUCAAACCCGGAAUCCAUUGCUCCUCCUGCCGCGCCACAGGAGUUUAAGCAGGCGGUCUUUGACUUCCGCGAUAUUUUUGUUGAUGCGUUAGCAAAAAUUGAAGGGGAGAGCGGUGCCUCAUCGUCUGAUGGAGGAAUUCCAUUAUCACGGCUGUUUGCAUCCCCCUUGUCUGAGGUGCUUUUUCGAUGUACUUGUAGCCCUGCACGGAGAGCUAUCUUCGACGCUCAGCUCACUCUCUCUCUAACUUAUGGUAAAGAUGCUAAGUGGGAGGAUUUCAAGAGAUUCUUCAAUGACCGUUUGGCGUGA